AUGUCAUUUAAACUUCCUUUUGAUUUGCUGUCGAUUCAGGAAUCGCUAAACUACGAAAAUCUCUCUAAGUCUAUCCAGAAAGUCAACCCUGGGAAGUACUCAGACCAGUUCAAAGAGUCCCUCCAGCCUUUUGCAUCUAAGACCAACCAGUUCAUUAAUGGAAACAACGUAGAAGUCAGUGAAUUGCCGGUUGAAUAUUUGCAAUUAGAAGCCAAUUGUGACUUAUUGUUGAAGUUAUACACCGAAUUAAUCCAAUUCAACAAUGACACAUUCGCCAACGUCUCCUAUGACUACCCUCCAGCGAACUACACAUUGGCCAAGAUUAGGGAUGCUAAUGUUGGUGGAUUGAUUUCGAGCAAGUUUACCCAGUUGAAAAACGUUUCGUCUCCCCAAGAAUUUGAGAAUAUCUUGAUGGGAGCCAAAGACAAAGAAGCGGGUGACGAUAAGGUGGAAAUCCAAACCACUUCUGUUAAGAUUCCAAAGACAUUCUAUGGACACCUCUCGAAACUCACUGAAAAGCAUAGUCAAGAUUUCAAGGAAUCUAGCAAUGCCUUAUCGUUGGGUUUGAUGCAAGUGUCUUCUUCGUACUUAGAACUCGCUAACGCAAGAUUAGACAUGGACAAAACCGUGAUGGAAGAAUUGAACGCUAAAUUGGUCCUGAUUUUGAACGAACAGUUCAUCAAGGUCAACGAAUUGCGUAAGAAAGUCUAUGCAGUAAGACUGGAUUUCGAUUCUAUGAGAGCCACUGUGGGCGAUGACGAAGAGAAUGAAGAUUUAAUCAAGUGCGAAGAUGAGUACGUGAGUGCAACUGAAGUUGCCGUCACUGAGAUGAAGAAAUUGUUGAAACCAUCAAAGUCUAUUUCCUUGUUGAAGGUCUUUGUAGAUGCUCAAAAGCUGUUCUUCGAAGUUGGUUACAAGAAAUUAGCUGCGUUGUCUGAAAGCUUAGACAAAAUUGACGUAGCAGAUGAAGAAGACGAGGACGACGAAGACCAAUCGUGA